AUGCGAUCCGCCAGAGCUUUCCUUCUUGUACUGGGAUUUUCGUCUGUUGCUGGUAUUGUCGGUACCGGCACAUGUACUACUACACAAGAGCAAGAAUCGACGGAACCAUUGCCAGUCCUCAAACAAUACAAUUCUCGCAGACGAAGAGAAGCUGUACAAGCCUCGUUGCAUGCUGCUCAGCGAGGCAGUGGUACUGUCGUCAAGAGUCAUUUCAUACAAGACGAAGAAACGUUGCUCCAAUUGGCCGAUCCCCAACUGUGGACCAAAUGCGUCGACCACCAAAGUGAGGUAGGGUUACGGUUCCUACCAGCCGGUGAGAAACCCAAGAAUGUGUGGGAAGAAAUUGCCCUUUUAAUCUGGCAGGAUCAUCCCGUUGUGACCACCAAAAACCCUGACAAUACUCCAAGCUUUGCCGGUUUUGAAUAUUGGUGCAAUAUUAUCACGCCAGGAGACUCGCUGGACUGGCAUGUCGACAAGGACGAGGCCCUCGGUAUGGAAUCCAAUACCAUGGUCAAUCCCAUUUUUGGAGCCGUGUACUAUGGAUUUCCUCAUCGAUUCACGGGUGGAUAUCUGGAACUCUUGCCCGUGGAUCCACAACAAUCACCCAGUGCCGAAGAGUAUUAUUGGAAAGAUGGAGCACAGACCAACCAAGACAACGGGUUCGUGGCCAGUUUCGAACGAAUCGAGGCUCAGUACAAUCGCCUGGUACUGUUCAAUGUCAGCAAAUGGCAUCGAGUCUCAGCUGUUACCAGAGGAGCACGCUUCACCUUUGCCGUCAAUCUGUGGAAGGAAAAACCAAGAAAGCUCCACAUCAAUACUGUAGAUCCAAAACAGCAGCAAGCGUAA